GGUAUCCUUUUCUGGUAUUAUAGAAGGUAUCUCCUUCUCCGGAAUGACCGACAACAGUGACGAUAUUCCUGGCAUUGGCCAGUACGAUGACUUUCACACGAUCGACUGGCAGCGGGAUAUUGCCCGGGACCGCAUGCGGCAUCGAUACAUCGUUAAGAAGCGACAGGAUUCAUUUUGGGAUCUGUUAAAGGGAGCUCACGAUGCUUCGUCUGGAUGGGUUUGCGUCCUGUUGGUGGGCUUGUUCACCGGUUGCGUUGCUGGUGUCAUCGAUAUCGGUGCCAGUUGGAUGACGGAUCUGAAGUUCGGCAUCUGUCCACAAGCGUUCUGGCUGAACCGAGAGCAGUGCUGUUGGUCAUCCAAUGAAACGAGCUUCGUCAGUGGUAACUGCUCGCAGUGGUAUACGUGGUCGGAGAUCCUAACGUCGUCACGUGAGGGUGUAGGAGCGUACAUCAUAUCAUACUUUUUCUACAUUGCAUGGGCAUUAUUGUUUGCACUGCUGGCAGCAUCCUUGGUACGGAUGUUUGCGCCCUAUGCAUGCGGUUCCGGUAUACCGGAAAUCAAAACAAUCCUAUCGGGAUUUAUUAUCCGUAGUUACCUAGGCAAGUGGACGCUCAUAAUAAAGUCCGUUGGCCUUAUAUUAGCUGUAUCAACGGGCCUUAGUCUAGGUAAGGAAGGCCCAAUGGUGCACAUAGCCAGCUGUAUAGGCAACAUAUUGUCCUAUCUGUUCCCAAAAUACGGUAGAAAUGAGGCAAAAAAACGUGAAAUCAUAUCAGCGGCUGCAGCAGCUGGUGUCUCCGUGGCUUUCGGCGCACCAAUCGGAGGUGUCCUCUUCAGCUUGGAAGAAGUUUCCUAUUACUUCCCACUGAAAACGCUGUGGCGAUCGUUCUUCUGUGCGUUGAUCGCGGCGUUCAUCCUACGAUCAAUUAAUCCAUUCGGCAAUGAGCAUUCAGUGUUGUUCUAUGUGGAGUACAACAAACCAUGGAUAUUUUUCGAGCUGGUGCCUUUCAUUGGACUCGGAAUCAUAGGGGGUUGUAUCGCAACACUCUUCAUCAAAGCCAACCUGUGGUGGUGUCGCUUCCGAAAGUACAGCAAGUUGGGACAAUAUCCCGUGACCGAAGUACUCGUUGUUACAUUCAUCACCGCUGUCAUAGCUUAUCCCAAUCAUUACACACGCAUGAAUACGAGUGAACUGAUCUACUUACUAUUCAGUCAGUGUGGCAUCUCCAACAGGGAUUACUUAUGCGAUUACAACCGUAAUUUCACCGAUGUGAACUCAGCCAUCGAAAUAGCCGCCGCUGGUCCGGGAGUUUACAAAGCGAUUUGGCUGCUAACAUUGGCACUCGUGAUGAAACUGAUUAUGACAAUUUUUACAUUUGGCAUGAAAGUACCGUGUGGACUUUUUAUUCCAUCGUUGGCGUUGGGAGCAAUCAUGGGUCGUAUUGUCGGAAUCGGAAUGGAACAAUUGGCUUAUCAUUAUCCAAAGAUCUGGAUAUUCUCUGGAGAAUGCUCAACUGGCGAUGAUUGCAUUACACCUGGACUAUAUGCUAUGGUCGGUGCAGCUGCAGUUUUAGGUGGAGUGACAAGAAUGACAGUGUCGCUGGUAGUUAUAAUGUUCGAGCUGACUGGAGGAGUACGAUAUAUUGUGCCACUGAUGGCAGCGGCGAUGGCGUCCAAGUGGGUCGGAGAUGCUCUUGGAAGACAAGGUAUUUAUGAUGCACACAUUGCCCUCAACGGUUAUCCAUUCUUGGACAGUAAAGAUGAGUUCCAGCACACGACCUUAGCGGCCGAUGUGAUGCAGCCAAAGCGAAAUGAAACACUAUCUGUAAUUACUCAGGACUCGAUGACGGUGGACGACAUCGAGACCCUACUCAAAGAGACUGAGCACAACGGCUACCCGGUAGUUGUGUCCAAAGAGAACCAAUAUCUCGUAGGAUUUGUGUUACGAAGGGAUCUCAAUCUCGCCAUUGCAAAUGCCCGGCGUAUGAUCGAUGGUAUUACAGGGCAAUCUUCGGUGAUAUUUACGUCGGCACAACCGGUGCAAAACCUUGGUCCGUCACCGUUGAAGCUGAAGAAAAUCCUAGACAUGGCACCAAUCACUGUGACCGAUCAAACGCCCAUGGAAACCGUGGUCGACAUGUUCCGCAAGCUCGGUUUAAGGCAAACGCUCGUUACACAUAAUGGUCGUCUACUGGGUGUGAUCACCAAAAAAGACGUGCUGCGGCACGUAAAGCAGAUGGAUAACGAAGACCCCAACACGGUUCUGUUCAAUUAGGCAAAUUGGCUUCCAGUAAACCUACUCCCCAUUUCAAUCCUACUUAAAGCAAAAGUUUCGUAAUAUUUCAUUUAGGUUUACAUCGUUGAAUUGUAUUUAUUGUG